AUGUCCAACUCAAGCACCUUCAACCUCAUGCUAGUAUGCGCGCUCGCGCUCCUCGCCGCCUCUGCAAUGGCCGACGGCAGCGCGUACGCGACAGCCACGCCGUCGACCAUAUGCAACGUGGGCGUGUCGGAGCUGGCGCAGUGCCUCCCGGCGAUAACCAGGAAGGCUCCGCCGCGGCCCACGAAGGAGUGCUGUGGGGUGAUGAAGAAGGCCAACCUGCGGUGCCUAUGCAACUACAAGGCGCAGUUCAAAAGCUUCGGAAUAGAUCCAGCUAAAGCCAUGGUGUUGCCCAAAAAGUGUGGCCGUAACCUUCCAAGACAAUGCUGA